CUGCUCCGGCGGAGCGCGCCAUGCUCGGGAAGCCCAAGCGCGUGCGGCUGCGCGCCCUGCACGGCGCGGGCAAGUUCGGGGUGGCGGGCAGGAGCCUCCCGGAGCUGCUGCGCAAGGGCUGCCUGCGCUUCCAGCUGCCGGAGGCCGGCGCCCGGCUGUGCCUGUACGAGGACGGCACCGAGGUGACCGCCGACUACCUGCCCGGCCUCCCGGACGACGCGGAGCUCGUGCUGCUCGCCGAGGGCCAGAGCUGGCGCGGCUACGUGAGCGACAUCAGCCGCUUCCUCAGCGCCUUCCACGAGCCGCACGCGGAGCUCAUCCAGGCCGCACGGCAGCUGCUGGCCGACGAGCAGGCCCCGCUGAGGCGGAAGCUCCUGGCCGACCUGCUGCACAGCGCCAGCCAGAACAUCGCGGCCGAGGCCCGGGCCGAGGACCCGCCCUGGUUUGAAGGCCUGGAAUCCCGAUUCAGGAGCAAGUCUAGCUACCUGAGGUUCAGCUGCGAGAGCCGGAUCCGAAGUUACCUGAGAGAGGUGAGCUCUUAUGUCACCAUGGUGGGCUCGGAGGCCCAGGAGGAGUACCUGCGGGUCCUGGGUGCCAUGGAACAGAAGCUCAGGUCUGUGCGGUACAACGGCAGCUACUUCGACAGAGGAGCGGAGGCUGGCAGCCGCCUCUGCACGCCCGAGGGCUGGUUCUGCUGCCAGGGUCCUUUUGACGAGGACGGCUGCUUGUCCAAACACUCCAUCAACCCCUACAGCAACAGGGAGAGCAGGGUCCUGUUCAGCACGUGGAACCUGGACCACAUAAUAGAGAAGAAGCGCACCAUCGUGCCCACGCUGGCCGAGGCAGUCGGGGCACAGAACGGCCGGCAGGUGGACUGGGAGUACUUCUACGGCCUGCUUUUCACCACCCAGAACCUGAAGCUGGUGCACGUCGUCUGCCACAAGAAGACCACCCACAAGCUCAGCUGUGACCCCAGCAGGGUCUACAGGGCCCCUGCGAAGCGGCGGGUGAGAGCUGCUCGGAAGCGCCGGUGACCGCGCCGCGGCUCGCCCGGGGCCUGGUGGCUGUGGCCCUGCCGUGGGGGCGCCGGGCAGCGGGAGGAAGCCGCGUCCGCCUCAGGAGUCCUGCCCUGUCUGGCUCACCAGUGUUGGGUGUGCCCGGUGUGGUCUCCGCGCUCGAUGGCGUCACGCUGAACUUGGCCGCUGGCUGGCAGGACAAGCUUUUGUCUGUCUCGGCUCUGGGCCGGCCCCGUGUCCACAGCGAACGGCAGCUGCAACCUCUGGACUCUUGUGGACACUGUUGGGAAAGGACCUGAUGUCCACUGUGGACCUGCUGCCGGGGAGAAGGCGUGGGGACCGGCAGGUGCUGGGAGGCCGGCUACCAGAAACUUCUGUAGGGCAAGAGCUGCCGGGUGUCGGUGGUGGCUCGGCCCCUCCCAUCCGUCAGAGGCCGGAGCUGAGUGGUGCAGGGAGGCAGGGGCGCUGCUGCGGGCUUGGGCCUGGCUGUGCAGCCUGGGAGGAAGCAGCGCGGGGCACCCGUCCUGGGCGGGCAGGACCAGAGGCGUCCUCGGAGUCCUGUGUCUUCCAGUACUGGAGUUUUUAAAAUGGGCAUUUAUUUUCAUAGCAUUUUUAAUGAAUUUUUAAAGCCAUACAUUUUGUAAUUUUUUUACAUUUAUUUUGUGAUCAGAAAAUGCAACAGAUUCUGCAUCCAUGUGUGUGCUCACUCAGGGUGCCCGGGGUGAGGGUCUUCUGUUGGCCCAGGGGCUCUGUGCAUGGGACGUGUAGGAGCCCUGACCACCGUCCACGGGGUUAACUGGUCCCGGCCAGGCGCCUGGUUCCUCUCCCGGACCCCCCUUGCAUGGGCCACAGAACUUUCUGGAACUCAGCGGAUGGCACCCGUGCCCUCAGGAGGCUGGACCCUGCGUGCUCCCCCAUGUUGUCACGGACACGCAGUGUUCGGUGUCAGU